UGUUUCCGUUAACCGUGUGUAUUGUGCUGUGAGACCCAAUGGACUGUUCUCGUGGAAAAUGGUUUUAGUUGCUUCUAUCUCGCGUGUAUAAUACUGUUUUUGACGUUUACAUGACGUUUCUGGCUGUAUGGAAUAGGUGCCCGAAUGAGUGUAUUAAAGUGUUAGUGAAGUGUUGACACAGUGUUAGUGAUGUUAGUAUGAGGUGAUAGAACAACAGUUAAUGAGUAAUAAUGUAUCGGCCGAAUUUCUAUGAGAGUACAUGUUUUCGUUGCAAUGAGAUUGUGUACCAGGUGGACAGGGUCGGGCCGCUGAAGGAUUUCACCUUCUUCCAUAGUGGCUGCUUCAAAUGUGCUGUCUGUGGGACCAAGCUGACUUUGAAGACAUACUACAAUAACCAGCACUGGACAGAAGACAAAGAAGUUUACUGUUCCAGUCAUGUGCCCAAAAUCGGGCCUGGACAUCUGGACAACUCUUCUGUGGGCAUCCGCAGCGCACUGAAUGUGCCCAAGAGUAACAAUUAUGUCAACGAACAGAUUCGAGGACACGCCAGAAAUAGCCACGAUAAUGAAUUCCUAUCAGCAGUCUCCCCAACUCGCACCACAAACGGCGGCAGCGCGCACGCGUCGCCUGCGCGGGAGUUGUCCCGUGACACUCCAGACUACCAAUAUGGCCGAUUCGACGCAAGCGCACUCCACAUUGCACAUGCGCUCAAACAGACAGAGCUUCAAAAGGCGUAUCAUAGACCCAGGGAGAAGCCCAUCGAUUGUUACUUGGAUCGUGAUGAACAGACUAAAUUAGAAAUGAAACAUCGACAAGAGGAAGACGACCUGUACAGAAAAUUCUCCAAACACCGAGAAGAAGAAAACAGAAGAAUACGAGACGAAAUACAGGAUGAAUGGGAGCGCGAACUAGAGAGGCUGACGAGCAGAUUCCAGCAAGAGAUGCAGGUUAAGAAGAGAAGGCCGGACUCCGAGAUAGGAGCCCUCACGUUACGUCACCAGCAGGAGAGAGCUGACUUGGAGAAGAAUAUGACGCUAAGAAGGGACAAGAAGAAGGAGAGCUUGACGAGGAAGAUGUUGGAACAUGAGAGAGCGGCGACAGCGGCUCUAGUAGAGAAACAAAGUCACGAGAUGAUGGAGCUGAUCCAAGAGCGUCGGUCGGAGUACAUGGCGGCGUCAUCCUUGUUCGUGGACGGUGAAGAGGCACCGCCCUACCCCGCCCGCGCCCCACCACCUCAACCCCCGCUCGUCUCCAAGUUCCAUAUCUACACAGAUCCCGCCGAAUUCGCUGAUGUUGAUAAGAUUGCUAUUUCGGUGGCACAAGAAGACCAAAAAACCUUUACGGAUCUAGUCCGACAGCUAGUAGGUAGAUGCGCAAGCGACGUUGAGAAGGCGAGGACCAUAUUCCGCUGGAUCACCGUCAAGAACCUGAACAACAUCCAGUUUGAUGACAACCUGAGGGGAGACUCUCCUCUUGGACUACUUAGAGGCAUCAAACAUGGCACUGAAAGUUACCACGUACUGUUUAAGAGAUUGUGCAGCUAUGCAGGUCUCCACUGUGUGGUGAUCAAGGGCUACAGCAAAUCCGCGGGCUACCAACCAGGAGUGCGCUUCGAAGACAAUAGAUUCCGCAACUCUUGGAACGCGGUAUUCGUGGCUGGAGCGUGGCGCUUCGUACAGUGCAAUUGGGGAGCCAGACAUCUGGUCAACGCUAAGGAUGCGCCGAAACCGGGCAACAGAGGGAAGAGUGAUAGCUUGAGAUACGAAUACGAUGACCAUUACUUCUUAACGGACCCUCGGGAGUUCAUCUACGAGUUCUUCCCGCUGCAGCCCGACUGGCAGCUGCUGAAGACGCCCAUCACUCUGCAUGACUUUGAGGAACUGCCCUUCGUCAGGUCGCUGUUCUUCAGAUACGGAUUGUACUUCAGUGAUCCUAACACGAAGGCUGUUAUGUUCACUGAUUCGACUGGUGCGGCGACUAUGCGUAUAGCCAUGCCAGCACACAUGCAGAGCUCGCUCAUCUUCCACUACAACCUCAAGUUCUACGACACGGAGGGAGACGGCUUCGAUGGCGUCAGUCUCAAGAGAUUCGUCAUGCAGUCGGUGGUCGGCAACGUGGUGUCAUUCCGUGUGCACGCGCCCUGCAGCGGUGCGUUCCUGCUGGAUAUAUUCGCGAACGCCGUCACACCCAGGGAGUACCUCACCGGGGAACCCAUGAAGUUCAAGAGCGUUUGCAAAUUCAAGAUUUGCUGUGCUGAGCUACAAACAGUGAUGGUACCGCUGCCAGACUGCGCGAGCGGCGAGUGGGGACCCACGAAAGCUACCAGACUCUUUGGACUCGUACCUAUAACGCAUCAGGAAGCGUUAGUGUUCGCGGGUCGCGAGCUUGAGAUCCAAUUCCGCAUGUCGCGCCCCCUGGCGGACUUCAUGGCGACGCUGCACAAGAACGGAGUGGACGAGAAGAGGCUCUCCAAGUACGUCCAGCAGAACGUGUCCGAUGACAUCGUCUCCUUCUACAUCACGUUCCCUGAAGAAGGUCAAUACGGUCUGGACAUCUACACGCGAGAGCGCGGCGGUCCCACAGCUAUCCACCAAAACGGUUCCACGGAGAAAGAGAAGCACCUCCUCACACACUGCUGCAAAUACCUCAUCAACAGCAGCAAGAGGAACUAACGAGUUAUUCAAUAAUAUACUUUAUGUUUUAAGUGUUUAAGUAGGAAUUUGCGUUAUCAUCACAAACUGGAUUUUUUUUACUUUUCGCAUCUGAAAUAGCGACUCGUUUCUUAUGAAAAUAAAUAAUAUGAAUUUGCCGACUGUAUCAAAUUGGAUAAUGCCUGUUUUGAUGUAUUUGUUGUUGUGUUAAAGUUUAGAUUGGAAUAGUACCUGUGCAAAGCCAGGGAAGCAGCUAGUUUGCAAUAUAAAUUAUUAAAUGAAUUAGGCCACUGACUGCCGCACUCAGAGACAUUUAAUGAUAACUUAAAUUAUUUCCUAGUAAAGAUUUUGUAUAGAAAACAAUUUCUAUGGAUUGGGUUAAGUAACCAUUAAAUGACUGAGAAUGGCGAUCCAAAAACUUAAAAGAGGUCAAACCAGGUAAUCGCAUAUUUUAUUUUUGUGUUCUAUAAACACAAUACAUCACUAGUUCGUAAACCUACGAUUGUCACAACCAUUGAUGCCGGAUAUUAUUACGAUAUUACUGCAAUAAUAAAAUAUAAUAAUAACUAGAUAUUAUUAGUCAUAAUUUUACCGAUAUAAUAAUGAAUAACAUGUUAUUUAAUAUUAAAAACUUUACAACAAUAUGGCUACCGUCCAAUUGUCUUCCAUGUUUUAUUAAACAUUAUUAUAACAAUUUUGAACUUCCUACAUUGUCAAUUAUUAUACUCAAAAAGGGUGGUUACAAAAGGAAACAGGUUGCCGGUACGGACGAGUCGGUACGGGGAUUUAUUAAAACAUGAGUCGUUUUUAUAGGUAAACCUUUUACCUAUCUGUACCGGCCAACCUGUACCGGUACUGAGGGACGGAGCUAUACAACCUGUAUGUUUACGUAAACACCUUUAAGAAAAAAGGUUGUGGACGAAAAACCUUUAUUACUUUUAAGCUAUUUUAUACGAUUUUUUACCCAAAUGUAGAUAUACGUAAUAGAAUAGAAAUAAAAUACUUAUGCUGACACGUAAAACAUUUAUUAUAUUAUAAUUAUAAUUACUAUAGAAUACGCUAACAUUUAUACAUAAACUUAUAAUUGUAAAUGAUUCGAUAUAAAUUGAAUUUAAUUAAUUUUAAGUACGUAAUAAGGUUGUGCCGGAGCAAUUUAAUUGCUUUUUUGUACUUUUUUUAAUUAUAUUACGAAUAAUUUGUAUAAAGAUUUGAGCGUUUAGUUUUAGUAUGCACGUUAUCUGCGACGGCAGAUUGUAAUGUCAUUGUCAUACCUUUUUUUACAUAAUGGCUAACAUAAAUAUCACUAUUUCUUUAAGUUUUGAGUUAACAGUGCGUGUGUGAAACGUGAAUAUUCCCAUAGAAGCUAGUUCAUUUGCUUUACAUUCCUUCCCUGUCCCAUAAUAAAAGAAUGGCGCGAGAUUUAAACUUAGAAUGAGCAUUGAAAAUGACAUUUAUAAAGGUAAGCGGUCCGCAAGCCCGCAUCACAAGCAUCGUACGCAUUCUAAAUGACGUCAUCAGUACGCAUCGCAUGUAAGCAUUGCUGAUGUUGCGGUCCGUAUGAUGCGGAUCAGUGGACGCAGUUGUAUGACUUUCUAUACAAGACAAACAAUAAUUCCUUGCGUGGGAUGCGUACGAUGCGGGCCUGUGAACAAGUACCUUACAAGUUCGUUCAGAAAUUGACAUUUGUUUUUAUUGGCCAAUACAUUGGCGCCUUUUUUGACAGGCUGCAAAAAGGUUUUAUGCAACUUUUUAAAUUAAUUGCUCAAUAUUUUCAAAGUGUGGUCUCGUCUAUCAGUCUGCAAUGUUUCUCUUUAUUCUAAGACAGUGAUAUACGCUUACUUGUAAUGAGAAUUAUAAAUAGAUUGCUCUAUUUUAUUAAUAUAUUUUUUAUUUACCUGUUAAACGCACAAAAUGAAAUGUAGCAAUUUAUUAUUAUUAUUACUUAAUCCUAGAAUAGUUUUAACAUUACGUUUAAUUUAUAUGACAAUAUUAUUAUUUUUUUCUAUUUAAUAAACACGAAAAUGUAUGUAAAUUUUUUAUAAAAUAUAUGGCAUGUUACUUUUCUAA